AGCUUUUGCGCUCGUUUGCUUGGCCCCCGUACUUUAUGGAGUCGCCUCCGUCGAUGGGAUCUUCACCUACUAUUUCUACACUCAGAUAUGGGUUAAGUUGGGCGAUUCUGAAUUUUGGCUGCUUCUCUCAAAUAUUUUUCAGGUGGACGUUUACGCUUGUGAUGGUCUACUUUGCGUUGGGGACCGUCAUUUCUGCAUAUGGUUGUUACUGGGAAUCCCAAAACCAAUCACCAUCUGGAGCUGGAACCGCUGAAGCCUCUUUGUUUCUUGAGACGGGCUUGGAUGAUAAUGAUAAAGGGGGAAGAGGGAUUAGAGGAACUGAUGAAACAGUACAGUUGAAAGCUGGGUUCUGGGGUUACCUAAUGCUCACUGUAUAUCAGACUUGUGGGGGAGCUGUGAUCCUGACUGACAUUGUGUUCUGGUGUCUUCUUCUUCCAUUUCAAUCCGACGAGCAUUUUCAUCUGGAUGUGUUGAUGGGCUGCAUCCACUCUCUGAAUGUUGCGUUCCUAAUCCUUGAUACUAUCCUCAACAACCUUCCGUUUCCUUGGUUCGGAUUUCUAUAUUUUGUGCUGUGGAGCUGUGUCUACAUGGUUUUCCAAUGGGCGCUUCAUGUCGGUGGGAUUUCAGGGUGGCCAUACGAAUUCUUGGAGCUCAAUACGCCAUGGGCUCCCUUAUGGUAUUUCGCCAUCGCGGUGGUGCACGUCCCUUUUUAUGGGAUGUACGUGCUGCUUGUUAAGGCCAAAUACUCACUCCUCCCAAAAUGGUUUCCUGGUGCCUUUGUGAGCAGAUCAUACCCCUGAUUCUCCUAUUCCUCCAAAUGCGGGCCUUUCAUUCACCUCCUUCGGAUGAUUUCGGGGUGAAAGAAGGGUUGAGCUGAUUGUUAGCAUCAUCCUAGCCAAAUUCGUCUAGUCUAUCAUCAAUCUUGUAGAAAGCUGAGCCGAGAUUAGUAGAUGUCUGCGCCUAGUUCUAUGUCCUUCAGCUGAAGAUUAAUAAUGCAUUAUCCCCAGUGAAAGCAGGCUUGGAAGCCAAGCUAAAUGCCACAGCUGCGCCUCUCAGAUUGGCCACUCUGCACAUGGAAGACUACACCAAGAAUCAUCAGACUAAGUACAUCUGUACAUGUAUUAUCGCUGGAGCAGUUACGAUUUUAGGAGCGAGCGAACAUCUGGAGAGUCUCUACUUUAGGACUUAAAUAACAUAUAUUUGUCUGAGUUGUGAGCACAUUAGGGGGAAGUAGCAGGUGAAAUGCCAUUGACUAUUGUACUGUUGUAUUAUUGGUUGAGUGUAUUUAAAGUACAGCUUUGAUAGAGAACAGAGCAUAGCUAGAAUACUGCAGAUAGUGAACGCAUAAAUAGCAACACAAUGGAGAGAGAGAGAGUAUAAACACAGAGUACGUGUUUUGGUUGUUAACCACCAUGGACAAGUGUAUGAUGGACUAGUCGAUGCUCUUUUUUGUUCCACCCCGAUUAAAGCAUAAACUAACACUCUCUUUUUGAAGGAGUAAAAUUAGCACAAGAAUAUGGUACCAAAUGCAUGAUCCUAUUUGACUGCCCGGUGCUGGUUAGAGUGUUGAAUCAAAAUCAAGCAAGUUGGACGUGGUGGUGUGCUGCAUCUGCAUGGAUUGGCUCUAUUGUCAUGAUUCUUAGGACAAACCCCUUUCUAUAAGGUCAAGGAGGUG